AUGCCUUUAUCACAACAUAAGCUAGCCGUCAUUUUCGGUAUUUUAGCUACGGUGACAGUCACCCUAGCCAUACUUUUGAUUCCAGUCUAUAUGAGGAGUAGACGUAACAACAUACCAAGCGAAACUACAUUAUUGGCAACUACUAGUACGAGUACUGCUGAAGUAGCUACUGAUCCUCAUUUAACUAUUUUCAACAAGAUUACCGCAGCGAAUGAAAUUUCCUCACUAGCGAAUCUAUUGACGACGAAACUAGCCGCUACGGAAAGUACAUCAGUUCACGUGGGUACGACUAAUCCAUUAAAGACAAGAUUGGUCUCGACCAUAGAACCAACAACUGCCACUCCAAAAGCGUUAACAACCGGUGAAAUGACAACAUAUAUCACAGUGAACAGUCCUCAUGAAACGACACCCACCAUCGAAGAAAUAUAUUCUAACAAUUCCAUAUCAACCGACCAGACUAGUGUCGUGACUGCUUCAAAUAAGGAUUUACGUGAGACAACGACAGUAAUUCAUAUAGAAGCCAGUGAAAUCAGCACACAUUCUCAUACUUCGGAAAUACCAUCAAAUGAAUCAUCGAUGAUGAUCGACACAACUGAGCAUCAUUUGAAUUUAACUAAUGUAUCGGAAGCUGUUUCAUUUGGAACGAUAACUAUGACCAGCAUAACGAAAAUUCACGAAACUUCCACUGACACGUCGGACGUAUCUUCACAAAUACUGCGUACAAUACCAACCAACACAACAUUAAAUAUCGAAACUCCAAUUCCGGCUACCUAUGCUGCAGAAAAAACAAUCAUCACUACAUCUCACCGAACGUCAUUAACAAAUAAGAGUGUGGAUUCAACUGAAACGUUUUCUUUGAAACAGAGAACUUCAAUAUUAACAACAGCAAUUUUAGCUACACGAUGGAGCACCAUACCAACCUCUACAACGGAAACACAUCUAUCUACAGCAAACAUCAAUUCAACUUUGUUCUAA